GGAGGAAACGCUAGAUGAGCAGGAAGUCAAGACGCGCCGCGCGCCGGUCGCACAUGCGCACACUCUCUCCCGAAAUCCUAAUCUUUACUCUGACAAUGGCGGACCUGGGUGAGGCGGACGAAGCGGAGUUGCAGCGUAUGGUGGCGGCCGAACAGCAGAAGGCGCAGUUCACUGCACAGGUUCAUCACUUCAUGGAGCUAUGUUGGGAUAAAUGUGUGGAGAAGCCAGGGAAUCGCCUAGACUCUCGCACUGAAAAUUGUCUCUCCAGUUGUGUGGACCGCUUCAUUGACACUACUUUUGCUAUCACCAGUCGGUUUGCUCAGAUUGUACAGAAAGGAGGGCAGUAGACCAACCCCUGGGAGAAUAACAGAAGCAGCAAAGGACUUAUUCAGAUUGAAGUGCCACUGGGGAAGAGUUGUCAACCCACUGUCAGCAUCAGUCUGUUGGUACUACAAAGUAACAGAUCAAA